AUGGCGGUGUUCGGUUCUUUUUUCAUCUAUCAGGUUUCGGCACAUCCCUACCAUAUCGCUCUCGAACUAAUAUUCGCCACGGUUCUGGUCUAUAUCUUUCUAUUGCAUCUGAAAAGGCGUGCGGCGAAGAGCCGGGAUGCGGCGGCUCGUUCAGCGAUAAUACCCUCGCCUGAGGAGCAGGAGCGACGGCUUGCCGAGUUCCACUCCAAGUUCUUCCGAGAAGGCGAGCCGAUCACCUCGAAUGUGCAGGUGGCCAAUUUCAAAGGGAACUAUCGCGUCCUCGCACGUAAUGGCUGCCAUGUAAAGGUGGAAGGAGGGGUGUUUGCGGAGCCGACGGAGUGCCUGGAUCUCGCCACGCACGACUACCAUUCUUUCUCGACGGAGCCGAGCAUCGUGGAGACGGCGAGGAGGACGGUGGCGGCCUACGGCGUCGGUAGCUGCGGGCCGAGGGGCUUCUACGGCACGAUUCGCCCCCACCUCGAGUGCGAGGAGCGCCUCGCGCGGUUUUGCGGCACCGACGACGCCAGCAUCUACAGCUUUUCCUACGCCACAAUCGCGACGUUGCUUUCCUGUUUUGCCUCUCGUGGGGAUUACAUCGUGUGUGAUCGUGGGGUGAGCUCGGCGGUGAUGGAGGGCUGCGUUUUAACCCGCUGCAACGUCACCUACUUCACGCACAACGACCUCGAGAGCCUCGAGCGGGAGCUGCAGGCGGUCGUCGCGAAGGACGGCCACGGGAAGCCGCACCGUCGGCUGGUGGUCACGGAAGGGGUGUUUCGCAACACCGGGGAGAUCUGCCCGCUGCCGGGGAUCCUGGCGCUCUGCGAUCGGUAUAAAUUUCGCAUCGCGCUGGAGGAUAGCUACGGGUUCGGCGCGAUCGGGAAGACAGGCCGCGGGACCCCGGAGCACUUCGGGAUUCCCAUCUCGAAGAUCGACGUCUAUGUCGGAUCGAUGAGCACGUCGCUCGGGACGGUGGGCGGGUUCUGCGCCGGGGAGGCGAGCAUGAUCGAUUUUCAGCGCCUUAGCGCGACCGCCUACGUCUUCUCCGCUUCUCUGCCCCCUUAUGUGACUGCAUCCACGUUGGCGGUGUUGGAUCUUAUCGACAAGGACCACAGCCACACGGAGAGACUGCAGGAAAACUCGAAGCUUAUUCGUCGUCAUCUCCGCAAGGCGCAGGUGGAUGUGAACAAGAUUGCGCUGGUCGGCGAUGAGGACUGGGUAUCCCCAUUGAUUUAUCUCCAGGUCCCGGACGCCUACAUCCAGGAAGUGACCCGUGAGGUGGUGGAGGGGAAGCUACAGCAGGUUGUCAACACCGUGGCGGAGAAUAAGAUUAUCAUUUUUCGGCACCUUUAUUCAACAACUGAGCCUACCUUAAACCAACCCUCUCUAGUUAUAGUAUCCAAGAGUAAGGCUACCGAGGAUGAACUGACUGGUGCCAUGAAUGUAAUUGUCCGAGCACUGGAGAGUGAGUUUUCGUAA